AUGGAGUUGUUCCAAUGGGAGCUGGAGCUUGUCCAUCAGCUACAUGAGAGGUUAAGACCAGUAAAGCUGUCAUCUGGUCGGGAGGACAAUGUGGUGUGGAAGUUUGAAAAUAAAUGUGUUUUCUCUACUAGAUCUGUGAUACAGACCAUACAAUCGGAGAUGCUGUCGGCUGAGAUCACGAGCUUUAGCUUCACGAGUUCUCUUUGGAAAGGUUUCGUACCUCCGAGAAUUGAGUUGUUUGGGUGGUUUGUGCUAGUUGGUCGAGUCAACACCAAGGAGAGGUUGACUAAAUUAGGAGUUCACAUUCAGAGUGAUAGUAGUUGUGUGCUGUGUUCCAAGGAAGCAGAAUCUGUUGAGCAUUUAUUUCUUCGGUGUAAGGUAACUUGGCAAGUGUGGUGCAAGUGGUUGAGGUCUCUGAGUAGAGAAUGGAUAAUUCCGGGAACCAUUAAAGAACUAUUUGAGAGCUGGUGUGGCAUGCACAGUAGGCAACAAGGACAGAAGUUGUUGAUGAUAGCGUUUUUUGCUGUGAUUUGGAACAUCUGA